GUGCGACCCAGGAGCCUGCCCUGCUCGCACUCUCCCUCCGCUGUCACCACUCCGGAGCCGCCUCUGCCACUGCCGCCACUGCCACUGCCGCCGCCGGGACAUGGUCCUCUGCGUUCAGGGACCUUGUCCUCUGCUGGCUGUGGAGCGGACUGGGCAGCGGCCACUGUGGACCCAGUCCGUGGAGCUGCCUGAGCCAGCCAUGCAGCCCUUGCCUGCCGGGGCCUUCCUGGAAGAGGUGACAGAGGAGACCCCAGCCCAGCCAGUGAGUGAGCCAAAGGUGCUGGACCCCGAGGAGGAUCUGCUGUGCAUAGCCAAGACCUUCUCCUACCUUCGGGAAUCUGGCUGGUAUUGGGGUUCCAUUACCGCCAGUGAGGCCCGGCAACACCUGCAGAAGAUGCCAGAGGGCACAUUCCUCGUCCGGGACAGCACCCACCCCAGCUACCUGUUCACACUGUCAGUCAAAACCACCCGCGGCCCCACCAACGUGCGCAUCGAGUACGCCGACUCCAGCUUCCGCCUGGACUCCAACUGCCUGUCCAGGCCACGCAUCCUGGCCUUCCCAGACGUGGUCAGCCUCGUGCAGCACUACGUGGCCUCCUGUGCUGGUGACACCCGAAGUGACAGCCCCGAUCCCGCUCCCAGUCCGGCCCUGCCUGUCCCUAAGGAAGAUGUGCCUGGUGACCCUGCACUACCUGCCCCUGCGGCCACCGCCGUGCAUCUCAAACUGGUGCAGCCCUUUGUGCGCAGGAGCAGCGCCCGCAGCCUGCAGCACCUGUGCCGCCUCGUCAUCAACCGGCUGGUGGCUGAUGUGGACUGCCUACCCCUGCCCCGGCGCAUGGCCGACUACCUCCGACAGUACCCCUUCCAGCUCUGACUGGGCCAAGCACCCUGCUUUGCCUCACCCGGCCACACCCUGGAGGGGACACCAGCCCCAGCUGGACUUGGGCUCCCACCGUCCCUCUUCCAGGCUACCCAGUGCCCUCGUGCAUCUGGAAGCUGGACCAGGAAGGACCAGCAAAGCAGGGGGGUGCGGGAAAGGGGUCACCCAACUUGGCGGUCAGUGCCCCCAGCCCCAGGUGGCUCCAUUGUUGUGAGCCACAUGCCAGAGGAGGGGACAGGCAGGACCUCGUUUUGCCCCCUGAGCUGCUGACCCCAGCCCUGGCCACCAAACUGUGUUGACUUUCCUGCCCUGAUUCUUGAUCCUAGGGUGGGGCAGGCCCCUACCUCCAACUGGCCUCUGUCUCUGGGAGGGUGGCGGCCAGAGGGACCAUGGCUGUCCCCUUGUAAGGCAGCGAUCCAGGCUGGGGACUGCACAGGUAGUACAGUAUUUAUUUAUUUAUUCUCCUUGAGGUUGGCCUCAGGAGAACCACCCACCUCUCCACGUAGAGCCCUAGGUGGUCCAGAGACCCUAACUCUGCCCCAGCUUCUCUGGUUCUUCCCUACAAAGAGCCCACCCUGAGAUGUGUUGCUGGACUGGGCAGGUCCUGAUGUCCUGGUGCCCAGCCACCCACCCACCCGUGGAUGUCUGUCCACUCCCUCCACUGCCAGCCCCAUUUUCAGAGGGUGGGCGAAUGGACAAGAAGAUGGACCAGAGCCUCAGUCCCCAGUCCCCGGCAGAGCCUAUGGCCCACCCCCGUAGCGGGGAGCCUGGCCUCACUUUGGGGGGGGUCCCCUUGUGAAUGCGUGUUCCCAACCUGGCGGCAGGAACGGGGCACUGGUCCACGGGUCGGUGGGGUCUACCUCCUGCCCAGGAGGGUGCCUGUGUGAGCGAGGGAGAGCAUCUGUAUCUGAUAAGACUUUAUAAAAUAAUGACUAUAACCAAGAA